CUCCUAGUUCUUAUGAGAUCGAUCAUCUGUGACAGCAAAGGAAAAUCAGAAAAGCUUGGGGUUCUUCGCUAAAAGGCGCAGUUUGAAAACAGAAGUACAUCUAUGUAUCUGCUGGUCUAAGUAGAAAAGGCAAGCCUCUCCAACCUGUAGAAAUCUAUUCAGCAACAAGCUGUCACUAGUACGGUCUCCAGUCUUUCUGACAUUCUGUAUGCCUGACGACAUAAACAACUGACUGCAGUUCAAAGCGCAAGUAUGCGAUGCAGUGUUCUCUGAAUUUUUCAGCCUCCAUUGACAGGAUGAGGAUGGCUCAGUCUACCAUCUGCUUCAGAAACAGCAGGCAGCAGUCUCUGUUCACGUCACUGAUGCUUCUGUCGCUCUGUUACCUGGUGCUGCUCUACCCAUCCUACCACAAACAGCAGGACAUCUGGAGAUAUUACAGCAUGUCACAGGAUUGCAUUGUGCGACUCCACAAUCAAAGCGAGAAGAUAGUUUCUAGUCCUUGCAAAGCAAACUCCAGCCAAUCCAAAUUCUCUGUGCUGUAUCCUGGGAAACAGCUCCAUGGGAUUCCUGUGUUUGUGCAGAAAGGGAAGAUCCCACAUCUGGGCACCGCACUUUAUAAACCACCUUUGGGGUUCAGAGGUUGUGAGAAGCAGCUUCAGGAAGUCAUGGAGAUGUUGCCACAAGCAGGGCUUCCAGACGAGGUGGCAUCGGCCAGUUGCACGAGGUGUAUUGUGGUGGGGAAUGGUGGCAUUCUGCGAGGCAGCAGACUUGGGGCCUUCAUUGACCAACAUAACAUCAUUAUCAGGAUGAAUAGUGGGCCUGUGGUAGGUCACGAAAUCGAUGUUGGAUGGAAGACCACGCUGAGGAUUACAUACCCAGAAGGUGCUCCUCAGUCUCCUUGGGACUAUGAUCCGAGCUCAUUGUUUGUUUUGGUAACAUACAAAAGCACGGACCUUGCUUGGCUAAACGCAAUGGUCAGAAAGAAGCCAAUGAAUCUUUGGCAAAAGAUGUGGUUUUGGCAAUCCGUGGUUGAGUCCAUCCCCAUAGAACCAAAAAACUAUCGAAUAUUAAACUUAGAUAUAGUCAGAGAAACAGCGUUGAACUUCCUGGGCUUCUCUGAGCCACACGACAAUCAUUGGAGGUGGAAGCAGGUGCUUCCAACCCUGGGAGUGAUUUCCAUCAUCACUGCCUUGCACUUGUGUGAUGAGGUCAAUCUGGCUGGUUUUGGCUAUGAUAUGACUCGCCCUGACCUGCCUUUACACUACUAUGAAACCAUCCGGAUGAAUGCGAUGAAUGCUCAGGCUGUGCACAAUGUGAAUAGAGAAAAGCUCUUCCUGGCUUCCUUGGUGAAAGCAAAAGUUGUCAAUGACCUUACAGGUGGGGUCAGCUGGUAGAAGGACAUUGAAGAUGUGCAGCCUUCAGCUGAAAUCACUUUCUUUAUUAACAUUUAAAACAAAAGAAUUGAACAUUUCAUCAGCAUCUCCCUGUUGUGUCAAACACGUUCAAGCAAAGAAAAAAAAAUUCCUGGCAAACUAUACAUUUAACAAAUAUGUUCUUCCCAAAUGAAAGUAGAUUUAAGCAGAAGAUGGGUGCACAGUCAUCAUGGGUGGGUGAGUUAACCAGAGUUAGUACAUUGCAGACAGUUAAUUAGUCCAACUAACUUUUGUGGACAUUACAGACAGGAGACAGUUUGAAAAUGGAAGUUAAAAUGAGUAAGAAAACAGAAACUAAACCACGUUCGCCAGUUAAUAGUUAGCCACAAAUCCAACUGAAAUCAUGAGUGAAUAAUAGGUCAGAGGAUAUGACCUAUGGUUUUGAUACACAGGAAAUAACCUAGGAUGAGCUAGUUUUUGAGAUAAUGGGGAAGCUCAGAAGGAUUGCGUCCUGCUGGACAGUGUAAAGAACCUGUCCUUGAGUAACACAGAUAAGAAUGGGGCCCAAGGGCAGCUUUAGUUUUGCACUGAAAGUUAUGAAAGCAGGAACCUGUCAGUUGACAGAGAUUGUUUCUUGGAGGGUUUAAAAGUUGAAGCAUCUGAGUGGCCUGCAGGCAGCUUGGACUGGAGACCCAAUGUAAAACUCCAGGCAUCUUAGAUUUAUUCAAAGGACUGUCUGCCUGUAAGGAUAUGGACAUAAACCAGUUGCUUGUUUACUAUGAUUAUGGGUUGAAUAGCCCCUUUCGGUGCUAUAAUUUCUACAAAUUAUUAAUAAAUUAUUAAAGUUGCUGAGUGUAGACCCUCAAACCGAUUAAUUAUAAGAUUUUGACAGAGACCAAAUCUUUUAUUUUCCAGAGAUCUCGCGCCCAAUGCUGCAAGGUGUGAUAUAGUAUUACACGUCCAUUCUAGGUGUGAUUUCUAAUAAGUCUACUAAAUAAUUUACAGCCAGUAUUUAGGAAGGUUUAGAUCUAGAGCAUGACAGCAUAACUGCAGAAGACUGUGCAAAUGAACAGCACAUAAACAUUUAAGCAGUCUUAAGCAAAGACAUGUAAUUAGGUUUUAGUUCAAGGCUACCCCUUUCAACAGCAAACAUGUGAUUGACCUACAUGUUGCAUUUAUUGAAUCUUAGAAUCCAGCCACACAGAAGGCCUUUCAGCCCAGUAUGCCUGUGCCAGCUCUUUAAGAACAACUGUCCAAUUAAGUCUCAUUCCCCAUAACCCUGCAAAUUAGUUUCUCUUCCAGUUGCCCUUUGAAAGUUCAAAUGGGAUCUGAUUCCAGCCACUUUCAGGUAGUGCACUCCAGAUCUAAACAACCUACCGUGAGGAACCGUCUUUGGAAAAUUUGAAGGACUUUGAAUUUUGGACAUUCUUCCUCCUGAGUUAUUUUUAAAGGUUUGCAAUAUUAAUUCGAGGCUGUGACUAUGCCAUUCAAGAAACCACGGGUCAAGAUAAAUGCCCAGCAAGGAAUACCUGGAGAGGGAAGAGAUAUUUUGUAUAUCUAAGUUAACAAAGAACUUGCUGAUUGGUCAAAAUCACUGGGCCAAAGAGAAAUAUUCUUUGAACAUCUUAGUCUUUAAAACUCUCAGUGUGUGUGGGCAUGUCUUAGAAACAGGCUGCAAGAAAAGACUCUCUCUUUCCCUCUCUCUCUGCCCCACCUUUGUGUUACAUGAAGCCUAGAGUGAGUCAAACUUUCCUCAGAAAUGUCUCAUCAGGAUAUCUCGCCCAUUUUAUUUUGAAAGUCUGCAAAGUUAUGAUAAGUCAGUCAUCGAGGACAGUUUCACCAACAGAUCCAUCUGAAAGAACUUCCAGACCUAUUCUGACCAGAAUUCUGUCAGAUCAACUGCAUCAAGAUCUCUUUAAAUUUUAUCCUUUUAAAAGAAACUUUCCCAUACUCCAGCCUCUGCAGAGAACUCUGCUUGUUUUGUCCUGUUUUGUGUGUGUGUGAGUGUAUGAGAGUUCAAAUAUCUGCAUUUUUAAAAGGGAAAAAUCAUAACACUUAUAAACUGCAACUUGUAUGUUAACCAAUUUAUUAACUUGUUUUCAAAAAGUAGUUUGUUUUAUAAUAAAUCAAUUAUUUCUU